GUCUGGUGUUUGUGUUCACGACGAGGAGUACAAAGCCGAGAAUCUCGAUUUGCCAACCAUCUUUAUUCACUGAAGUGCCACCACCGAUUAACGGCGCCUCAGAUCAUACAGCACUUGCACGUGGACAGGGCAAAACGCCACAGCAGAGCAGCAGUCAGAAGACAGCAGCGCUGCCUGCAGGGUAUAGUGAUACCACACAGGACCGCUGUCCACCACGCAGCCGGAACAUCACGCGUCUCUCAUGCCCCGGAACCACCUGAGCUGCUCCCUCCUACACAGACAGAGGACGGCGGCUGCUGGAAGAGACCGCCCCUUUCUCCUCCUCCUGGUCCUUAGGCCGCGCAGGAGGAGGAGGUGGUGGUGGGCACGUGUGCUGGCAGAUCUGGUUGCAAGCGGCGAAGAGUCCGUGCUUUCCCCUUCCUUUUGCCACCGCUGCAGCCCCCCGAUCCUUGUUUGUCUUUGCAAGCGGAUCGCUUGAGUUUUGGGACUCUAUACUCUCUUUGUUCUUGGAGAAUGGAAGCCGUGGAUAUGGCAAGUGCAUCCUUAAAACGUCCUCAUUCUGAGGAUGAUGAGACUAAUGUGGAUGAACUUAAAAGGCAAAAGAUUUCAGAAGAACCACAGAAAAGACAAGAAAAUUCUGAUCAUAAAGUUGAAGCUGAGGUGGAACAGCCUGUAAAACCUUUUCUUGAGGAAACAAAAAAUGAAAAUGUUCCAAAAGAGGAAAGUGCAGACCAAGAUGAUGAGCUACAAGAAAGUGAUGAAGGAGACCCAGAGAGCUUUGCAGACAUGAUGAAGCAUGGGCUGACAGAGCUAGAUGUUGGCAUAACUAAAUUUGUUAGUUCUCACAAGGGUUUUUCUGGAAUAUUAAAAGAGAGAUAUUCAGAUUUUGUUGUUAAUGAAAUAGGAAAAGAUGGACAUGUCAUCCAUUUAGAUGACUUCUCUGUGCCAGUAGAUGAUGAGGAUCCUUCUGAAGACAUUUUUACGGUGCUUUCGGCUGAAGACAAGCAGCGGCUAGAAGAACUCCAGCUUUUUAAGAAUAAAGAAGACAGCAUUGCCAUUGAGGUGCUUGAAGACACAAAGGAGAAAAGGACAGUGAUACAUCUGGCUGUAAAAUCCUUGUUUCCAGGGUUAGAGACUAAAACAGAGGAUCGAGAUGGGAAAAAAUACAUCGUUGCAUACCAUGCAGCUGGGAAAAAGGCACUUGCAAAGGUCAGAACUUCAACAGAUCCAAGAAAACAUUCUUGGCCAAAAUCUAGGGGAAAUUACUGCCACUUUGUCCUGUACAAAGAAAACAAAGAUACUAUGGAUGCCAUUAAUGUGCUAUCAAAAUUUUUAAGAGUUAAGCCAAACAUAUUUUCCUACAUGGGUACCAAAGACAAAAGGGCUAUUACUGUUCAAGAGAUUGCUGUUCUUAGGAUCACUGCACAAAGACUAGCUCACUUAAACAAAUGUCUGAUGAAUUUCAAGCUUGGGAAUUUUAGUUACAAAAACCAUCCGCUUAAGUUGGGAGAAUUGCAAGGCAAUCAUUUUACAGUAGUUCUCAGAAAUGUAACAGGGACCAGUGAUCAAGUUCAACAAGCCAUGCGUUCUCUCAGGGAAAUUGGAUUCAUUAACUACUAUGGAAUGCAAAGAUUUGGAACUACAGCUGUCCCUACAUAUCAAGUUGGAAGAGCCAUUCUCCAGAAUAAUUGGAAUGAAGUCAUGGAUUUAAUACUAAAACCACGCCCUGGAGCUGAAAAGGGAUACUUAGUAAAAUGCAGAGAAGAGUGGGCAAAAACAAAAGAUCCAGCUGCAGCCCUUAAAAAACUGCCUGUGAAACGGUGUGUGGAAGGACAGUUGCUUCGAGGACUUUCAAAGUAUGGACUGAAGAAUAUAGUAACUGCAUUUGGCAUAAUACCAAGAAAUAACCGUUUGAUGUAUAUUCAUAGCUAUCAGAGUUAUGUGUGGAAUAACAUGGUGAGCAACAGAAUAGAAGAAUAUGGGCUUAGAGCUGUACCAGGAGAUCUUGUACUAAAAGGAGGUACAGCUGUAUAUAUUGAGGAAGAAGAGGUGGACAGUUUUUCUAUACAUGAUAUUGUGAUGCCAUUGCCUGGAUUUGAUGUUAUAUAUCCAAAACAUAAAAUUGGAGAAGCCUACAAGAAAAUAUUAGCUGCUGAUAAUCUUGACAUCGGUAACAUGAAACAUAAAAUUCGAGACUAUUCGUUAUCUGGAGCUUACAGAAAGAUUAUUAUUCGACCUCAGAAUGUCAGCUGGGAGCUGGUUGAAUAUGAUGAUCCUAAAAUCCCAUUAUUUAAUACUGACUUGGAUAAACUAGAAGGAAAACCACCUGCAGUUCUUCUAACAGAAGGCAAAUACAAGGCUCUGAAGAUGGAGUUCUCCCUUCCACCAUCUACUUAUGCCACAAUGGCCAUUCGAGAAGUGCUGAAAAUGGACACAAGCAUAAAAAACCAGACACAGCUAAAUACAGUGUGGCUACGCUGAAGAUAAUUUACAGUGACUGGAUAAGGAUUUAACAUAUUAAACUUGUUUCUUAUUAAUUAGAUCUACUCAGAUGAUUUCUAAUUAAAAAUUGUAUUUUUAUAUUAGCUUAAAGUAUAUGAUUUCAGAUUUAUUGUAAAAUGCUGUUUGUAAAAAUGUAACUUCUUUUGUUUUUAAAUGAUUAAGCAAACAUGAUGUUUGAGCUGGUUAUACAAUUCAGCUUUACUAGUUUAUAAGGAAGUAGAUGAUAGCUUUGUUAGCAAUUUCAGGUCUUCAAAAGCAUUUUUUAAAUGUGUUCUUAAAAAUAUGGCAGUAAAUAUAUUAUAAGUUCAGAAUAAAGUAAAACGAUUGCAAGCAUGCUUAAUACUGCAGUUGAGGAAAACUGAUUAGGACAAAGUACUGAUGAAUAUUUAUUUCCAAGUAUUUAGCCUUAAGAAUGCAGAUGGGAUUUGCAAUUGGAACUGAUUCUGUGGCAGAAUGUGUAUGUCUUUUUAUGUGAUGUAGACAGAUACAGCUAUUUUUAUUUGAGCUGUAAUUUUUAUUAAGACAUUGUUGGCUUUUCACAACAUACUGUAUAGCUAAAGAAGUCAACAACCCAUGUAAGUUUCUAUUAUCAACAAAUGCUAUUUAGCUUCAGCCGUUAAAGCUUGUCCAUUGCUGGCAAUGGAUAAGGUACAUAAAUCUGUAUCCUGGCAGGAUUGGAUUAAAUAGCCAUUCUGAAUUUGACAGAUCA